AUGUCACGCUUCUUACUUGGCCUCAUCAUUGAUGUGCAGCUGCCAGGAAAUGCAUCUCCAGCAAGACUAGUGCAUGCAACUCGGUCCCUUCUAGACUUCCUUUACUUUGCUCAGCUCCCUGUUCACUCCAAUUCAUCAAUUGAUGCACUUCAAAUGGCACUGGAUGAAUUCCAUGCAAAUAAAGGUGUCUUUGAAGACCUUGGCAUCCACAACAACUUCAAUAUACCAAAGCUCCACUUUCUUCAGCACUAUGCUGAAUUAAUCGAAUUGUUUGGCAUGACAGACAAUUUUAACAUGGAGGCCACUGAGAGGCUUCAUAUUGACUUUGGAAAACAUGCUUAUGCUGCCACCAAUCACAAAGACAAAUUUUGGCAGAUGACGAAGUGGCUUGAAUGCAAGGAGAAGGUCUUGCAGCAUGCAAAUUUUGUCCUAUGGCGCCACAAUUUGAGCAUGACCAACACAGAAAAUGUCAUUGCAGUUUCUCCUGCUGAACACUGGCAACCUCCAGACCUCACAUGCCUCUUUUGCAUCAAGAUGACUCAUCACCCAUCAUGCAAGUUGGUUCCAUUCCAAGAAAUCACUUCUUUAUCUUCACAUGACGCCACUCAUUUUAUUUCAGCAUUGGCGAGAUUUAUUGUCCAAUACAAUCACCCAAGACUGUCCUUUCAACAAAUUGAGGAUUGUGCAGUGAACAUUCAUCUGCCCUGCGACUCCGUAACUGUCUUCCACCGAAUCAAAUUCUGGAACAAUGAGAUACAUGCGACCAAAACUCUCAACUCCAUACAUGCUCAGCCAGUGGUGAAGAACAGCAAAGGUCGCGUUGUCAAAGCCGCUCGCUUGGAUACAUGCCUUAUACAGGUGUGCAAUCCUGAUGCGCCUCCCAAAUCUAUACAAGAUUUACGUGUUGUGCAGAACCCUCCACCUCAGCAUCUCGCCUAUGUCGAAUGGUUUUCAGCCUUCAGUGCUUUACCAGAUCCACAGUCUGGGUUGUAUAAGGUCAGGCAGGUGGUUCGCGAUGGCAAACGCCAAGUUGGGGAGGAGCUGUUCCUGCAGAGUGGAUGA